AUGACCAUAGACUGUCUUCUUCAAACAUGCAGUGAUCCUCGGUCCGUGACGCCAGCUGUCACACCUGGGCUUCAGCUGUCAUCAGUCUCUCUGCACCGUCCUGGAUGUGGUGACUCUGCUUUAGGCGAGACUAUGGCGAGUCCUAAUGAUCUGCAAUUCCAAGAGUUUGAGGAGGCGGCGCAGCUGUUGUCCUCAGACCCAGGGGCCUCCACCCUGAGCACCCUCCUCAGCCCGACAGCAGGGGGCAGCAGUGAGGAGGUGAAGCUGGACCUGUCUGAUGAAGAGGAGGCAGCGCAGCACGAGGCCGCAGAGCUUUUAGGAGGGCAGAAGUCCACAGGAGGAUUCUGGACGUUCCAGUUUUACCAGUCCUUCUUUAACGUGGACACGUCACAGGUCCUGGACAGAGUCAAAGGUUCUGUGAUGCCGAUACCAGGACGCAACUUCAUCAAACACCAUCUGAGGAGCAAUCCGGACCUAUACGGGCCCUUCUGGAUCAGUGUGACCCUGGCCGUCUCUGUGGCCAUCAGUGGAAACCUGUCCACGUUCUUGGUGCAGAUGGGAAACCCGGCGUAUCACUACACACCACAGUUCCACAGAGUGACCGUGGCCUCGGUGGUCAUCUUCCUGUACGCGUGGCUGGUGCCCGUGGCGCUGUGGGGGUUUCUCAGCUGGAGACAGGGCGUGGAGCGGCAGGUCGGAGGGUACUCGUUCCUGGAGACCGUCUGUGUCUACGGCUACUCUCUCUUCAUCUACAUCCCCACCUCUAUCCUGUGGGUGAUCCCGCUGGAGUGGCUGCGCUGGACCCUGUUGGCGGUGGCGAUGGUGGUGUCCGGCUCGGUGCUGGUUCUGACCUUUUGGCCCGUGGUCCGAGAAGACACCAAAGCCAUGGCUCUGACCGCUGUGGUCACGAUAGUGGCUCUGCACGCUCUGCUCGCCGUCGGCUGCAAGAUGUACUUUUUCCAGAACGCAGCUCAGCUCUCUCCCCUGCAGCCGACCACGGCUCCAGUCCAGAGUCUAACGGGGUCCGGGGGGGUGGCUCCAGAUGAGGAGAGGGCUCUGGAGGGGGGUGACUCCAGAGGGGGGGCCCAGAGGGGGGUUGAUAUGUUGCAUCGGCCCAGUCUUAAGAAAAAGUUCCCAGACCUAAACCGCGGUGUGGGGGGAGGGCACGAGGUGGAGUCUGAUAUGUGGAGCCCGGAGGCCGCGGCGGUGCGUCCAUGGGAGCAGUUCAUGAGGGAGGAGUCCGCAGGGGAACGAGGAGCAGGAGGAGGUCUGUGCGUUGGACGGAUGAAGAUGGACUUUAAAGAAAACGAAAAAGGACAAAGGGUCUGUGCGAAGCGAUCAUGA